AAGUUUUUUUUUUUCUGGCCGGAGUCAUAUGAUGAGACUGUAAGGAAGGAGGAACACUGUCAGAGAGAGAGAGGACCCGCUGAAUUUCUUCCCACGGACACAACAGAAAGUGCCCAAAUCCAUAAAAGAGGAACAUGUUUCUCUGCCAGAGGAAAGUUAGCCGAGGACGGCGAUGACAACGUAGGAACCGAAACCCCGCGACACUUGACAGCUUCUCCGGUCGUGGCAGCCACUUAGCUGGAUUGCAGCUAGUGCAAUAUGAUGUAACAUAGCUCAUAUUUAGUAAUGUAAUGUGAUGUAAUGAUAUGAGUGGCUACAGUGGCACUGUACUCGUUUCCUCCCGUGCUGCUGCAGCAGUGUGGCCGCCCGCUACAGAGCCCUUGUACGGGCUGCACUGUCGGACCUAAAUGCACGUCAAGUCGUCAGCUGGAAAACAGUAUUUCAAAGACCAUGGUUAACAAGGAGGAAUUAGAAGAAAGGCUGAAGAAACUCCUGGUGAGGCUGAAAACCCCGCAAGAGGACAGACAACUGUGCACGCUGAUUCAAAUCAUCCAGGAUCUGCUUUUCCUGGCGCACACCGACAUUGCAGCUGAGCUGUUUGAAGACAAAGAUGUCCAUGCCCCCCUCAUGCUGGUGCUGUCAUCCUACAUCAGCAGCCGAAGAGUCCAGCAGGUGGGUUGGUCAUUGCUUUGUCGGCUGAUUGAAAUAUGCCCCGCUACUCUGGACCAGCUGACCAGACCUCUGCAGGUAUCCAAGGACUGGGAGGUACUGGGAGUGCACCAUGAGAUCCUGAAGGUACUAUCGCAGUACAGAACAGACUGCAGGGUGAACAUGGUUGGACUCAGAGCCCUGACUCUUCUGCUCAGAUCAGUUUGUGAACGGCGAUUCUACAUCUCAUUGGAAUAUUUGAUCAGGAACGCAAAGCAACAACAGAAAGGUUUAUGUUUUUAUUUAAACAUAAAAAAAACACAGUCCACAUACAUGAUUCCUCUGCUGAUGCUGGAGGAGGAGGAGGAGGAUGUGUUUGGCCUGGUGGUGCAGGCGAUGAAGAAGUUUCCUACCAGUGAAGAAGUGCAGCUCCAAGGCUGUGGAGCCCUGCAGUCCCUUCUGCAAAGAGUAAGUGAUGACCACCUCGUGGAGUUUGUGGAGAACCAGGAUCAUGUUGUGGUUCUGGCGGCGCUGCAGAGGUUCCCGGACAGCCCCGAGCUGCUCCUGCAGGCCAUGAAGGUGCUGCUCCCACUUGCUCGUCCUGGCAGUAACGUGGAGAUGUUGAUGUCGGGAGGCGCUCGCUGCUACAGCGUGAUCAUCGCCGCCAUGGACGCCUUCCCUGAGGUGGAGGAGCUGCAGGAGACUGCCUGCUGCCUGUUCAGGAGGUUUACAUCAGAGAGUUACUACAACAUCCUGGUACUGAACGGUGUCCAGAGGGUCGCUGUGAGAGCCUGUCAAGCUUUCCCCAACAACGCCACCCUGCAAGCGGCCGCUCUCUCCUGCCUGGCUGACCUCACUGCAACCAUCGUGAAGAACAAAGCGGUGGCCGAGCAGGGUCUGGAGGAAGGAGAGGAGGAGGAGAACAGGGGUAGGGAGGAGGUGGAGGACAUGGGCCUGGGCUGGAUGGAGGCCUGCUGUAUGGCACUGGAGCUCCACGCUGCUGAGCCAGCUGUUCAGGAAGCUGCAAGCUGGGCCAUUCACAAUCUGUUACUGCACGGAGCUGGAGUGAACCAUUCAGAAGAGGAGCAGAACGAGAGGACUCCUGUUCACAGACAGUUAAUGGCGGCCAUGCUGCUCCACUCCUCCUCUCCCAGUGUGUUUGAAGCUGCUACCAGUGCCAUUGCCACGCUCAUCACACACAACGGUAAAAUGCGUUCUCUGCUGCUGUCCAGUGGCCUCCACGUCAACCUAGUGGAGAUGAUGAAGAGACAUUCAACCUCAGCUGAAGUUUCCAUCAGCGCCUGCAAACUGCUCAGCCUGCUCUUCCAGGGAAGGACAGCCAGUCUAGAUGAGUUGAACAUGGCCAUGAGUCAGAUCCUCAGCACCAUGAAGGUCCACAACUUCCAGCCAGAGGUCCAGCUGGAGGCUCUGCAGGCCAGCCUGGUCUUCCUCUGCCCAGACAGGAGUUUAAGGGAGCACGGCGUCUCGGUCGCAGAUCCUGACAUGGCCGACGUGUCGCUGAAGGUCCUGAAAAACCAGUGUGUGGUGGAAGGAGCUCACACCCUCUACCUGGAGGUUCUCAACAGGUUCAUUAGCAGCUCGAUCAUACAGAAGUGUGGACUGAAGGUGCUCUCUGUUCUGGCUGACUGCUCCGGAGCAGUGGACUUGCUCUGCCAACAGGGGGCGAUAGACACAGUGCUGCAUACACUACAGAUGUUCCCACAGGAACGAGAGAUACACUACUGGGGUCUUACCCUGCUCAGCUACCUCGUAUCCAAGAAGAAGCUGUCGAGGAUGAUCGUACCUGUUCUGGCCUCCGUUGUGGUCGCCUCUCUCAUCCAGUACAAAGAAGACUCUGAGAUGCUCCUGAAGUGUUUUCAGGUGGCUUUGAGGAUGCUGGACGCCUGUUCAGGAGCAGCUGCUGUACUGCAGAGAGAAGACUUUGACAGGCAGAUCUUCCAACACCUCAGAGAGGAGACUCGUGACCAGAGCAACAACCCGCUGCGUAAGUCGGUGUGCCUAGCUCUGUCUAAGAUGUGGUGCGACUCAGAGCUACACUACAGCAUGCUGGAAAAGGCCUGCGAGGACGGAGACACGACAUUGGCAGAGUGUCUGAUCGAGCUUGGCGCCGACAUCAAUAAGAAGACCAAAACAGAAUCUCUCAUCUACCAGGUGUGUGAGAGAGGCGGACCCCUUGAACUGGUGGAGCUUCUGCUCAGCCGAGGCGCCCACGAUCAGCACCUCCGCAGGGCUCUGGCUGUGAGCGUGAAGCGGGACGACGGACCCACAGUCAUUCAGCUGCUGGGCCGCCUGGGUCUGGACCUCAACAACAGUUCCCUCUGCCUUGGGGGCUUCAGGCUGGGUCGCCUAGACGCUGCCUGGCUCAGCCCCCUGCUGGCUGAAAGAGGCAGAACACACAGUCUCCAUUACAACAGCAGUAAAGGUAUGAGUUUGGCGAGGUACAUUCAGUCCUUCCAGAGGUCCAAGAGUAGCGGUGGUCCUCUGAGAUCUCUGGCCGACCCCUGUCUGACCUCUGGGUACAUUUCUGAAGAGAGCGACGACUCCAGCUUCAGCUUUGUCUCCAUGGACGACAGCCUAUUUUUCAACGACGACAUGGAGAGUGAUGGGAGUGAUUCACUGUCAGGGGUUCUGUCUCCAAAGCCGCAUAAUAAUUCGACAGAAGAGUUGUGGGGGGGGUCCUUCAAAGGGAAGCAGGGGCGUCGCAGACAUGCCAGUGCAGAGAGUGGUCAAACUGAGAAUGAACACAGUGAGCAUAUACACAGGCGAUAUGGAAGGACUGGCUCGAGCCAAAAAGUACUUGGAUCUGGUGAGAACUCUGCUGCUCUGCCAAAAGAGAGGGAGAGGAUCCACCUGCUGGACCUGUCAGGUAACGAGUUGGACUCUCUGUCCUGUCUGAUGGAUGAUAGCUUCGUCCAGCAGCAGCUGGGGCAUCUCCUCCGCCUGGAUCUGAGCCACAACAGUCUGUUGGAGUUUCCCUCAGCUCUUUGCCAGAGUUUGAAGAGUCUGACUCGCCUGGACCUGCAAGGAAACCAGCUCCAGUCGCUGCCAGUGGAGCUGCUGUCUCUGCUUUCACUGAGCAUGCUGAAUGUCUCUCGUAACUGUGUGGGUCCCCUACUGACCUUUGACCCCUCUGUCACCUGCCCAUCACUGCGGCAGCUAAAUCUGUCUUUCAACAAAAUCACAACAUUCCCUCACGAGCUGGGCCGCGCCACGGAUCAACUGGAGGAGCUGGUUAUGGAAGGUAACAGUAUAACUGAGCUUUGUGUGCCUCUGUAUCUGCCGGAGGUGAAGCUGCUUGACGUGAGCAAGAACAGCGUGGAGAAUAUUUCUCUAGACUUCCUGACCGGCUGCCCCAAACUGGAAACUUUCAAUGUUUCCAUGAACAAAAUCUGUUCCCUGUCACACCUCCCGUUCAAGAUCACGACACUGAAACUAGCAAACAACAACUUCACUUACAUUCCUGAGGCUAUACUUAAUCUCCCAAACUUGCGGUCAGUCGACAUGAGAACCAACAACAUUUCUGCUCUGCCUGGCCCAGGAUUCUGGGAGUCCAGCAACCUCAGAGAGCUGAUGUUCAGUCAGAACUGUAUCAAAGCUCUGGAUCUGAGUGGACCGAGCUACAAAUGGGCCAGACUGGAGAAACUCCACCUGAGUGACAAUAAGCUCACCGAGAUCCCUCCACAGAUCGGCUUGUUGGAAGGCCUGACCUCCCUGGAUGUGAGUCGUAACGCUAACCUGCGGUCCUUCCCUGAUGAAAUGGGGAAACUGAGCAGACUGUGGGACCUGCCACUGGACGGCCUUCGACUCCAGCUGGACCUCAAACUCAUUGGCAGCAAGACCAAAGACAUUGUCAGGUUCCUGCAGCAGCGGCUGAAGAAGGCAGUGCCGUACUACCGGAUGAAGCUCAUCGUGGUGGGGAAUGCAGGCAGCGGGAAGACCACCCUGAUCCAGCAGCUGAUGAAGCUGAAGCGCUCCCAGUUGAACUCAAAGCGGACCGCUGUUGGCAUUGAUGUCCGGGACUGGACCAUCAGGGAGCGGGACAAGAAGAAAAUGGUGCUGAACGUCUGGGACUUCUCAGGUGGAGAGGAGUUCAGCGGCUCUCACCCUCACUUCCUGACUUCCAGAGCUCUCUACCUGGUGGUAUACAACCUCAGCAAAGGAGCCAGUCAGGUGGACGCCCUCAAACCCUGGCUCUUCAACAUCAAAGCUGUAGCUCCUCUGUCCCCGGUAAUCCUGGUGGGAACCCACACAGAUGUGAGCGAGGACCUGCAACUUCAGGCCUGCCUGACCAAGAUCAGAGAGGAGCUGCUGAACCAUCAGGGCUUCCCUGCCAUCAGGGACUACCACAUGGUCUCCGUCUGCGAGGACUCGGACACCAUGACCAAGCUCCGCAAGGCCAUUGCCAGGGAAGUCACCAGCUUCAAGAUCCAGGGCCAGCCUGUGAUGGGCCAGCUGGUUCCAGACAGCUACGUGGAGCUGGAGCGCCGGGUUCUGCAGGAGAGAACCAGGGUUCCCCCAGAGUUCCCCGUUCUCAGGCACAGGGAGCUGCUGCAGCUCAUCCAGGAGAGUCAGCUGCAGCUGGAGGAAGCUGAGCUGCCCCACGCUGUCCACUUCCUCAGCGAAGCCGGGGUUUUACUGCACUUUGAUGAUCCUGCACUUCAGCUCCAAGACCUCUACUUCAUCGACCCACAGUGGCUGUGCAACAUCAUCUCUCAGAAACUGACCUUAAAGAGCUGUGGCGUCUGGGAGCAGCCUAAAGGAGUUGUUCAGCGCUCAGUGGUGGAAAAGUUUCUGUUUGAGACCAAAUGUUUCCCCAAGAGCCACCUGACACAGUUCUUCAAACUGCUGGAGAAGUUUCAGAUCGCUCUACCCUUCAGCGAGAACCAGCUACUCGUACCCAGCAGUUUGUCCAAACACAGACCGGUGAUAGACCUGCCUCACUGUGAGAACUCAGAGGUGAUUGUGCGUCUGUACGAGAUGCCGUACUUCCCCAUGGAUUACUGGUCUCGUCAGAUCAGCCGCUUACUGGAGUUUUCUUCUUACUUGCUGUGUGGAAGAGAAAAAGUGGUGCGACCCAACCGGAUCUACUGGAGGAGAGGCGUGUACCUGAGCUGGUCUCCAGAGGCCUACUGUCUGGUGGAGGAGAACCCCUCCAGCUUCGUCAGGAUAACUGUGCCCUCUUCACGCAAAGGCCGGGUGCUGCUGGGUCAGGUGGUGGAUCACAUCGACUCCCUGCUGGAGGAAUGGUUUCCUGGCCUGCUGAACACUGACAUGCAUGGCAGUGGUGAGGCGCUGCUGAAGAAGUGGGCUCUCUACAGCUUUGAGGACGGGCAGGAGUGGAGCAAGAUUCUGCUUGAGGACCUCUUUACCUGUUUUAACAAUGAUUUUCUGCUGGUGAACCCGGAGGACCCCCGCUGCACACUUCCCAUCUCUCAGAUCGCUCCUGACUUGGUACUGAGUGACCAGCCUGCAGGAACAGUACUGGACAGUGAAGAGUUGGCCAUAGACAUGUCUAAAGAGAACCGACUGGGGGACGGCGGCUUUGGGACUGUCUAUCGAGGUGUCUACAAAAAUGAAGAAGUAGCUGUGAAAAUAUUCAACAAGCAUGCAUCUGAGCUUUACAUCUACAGACUCCUCAGACAGGAGUUGGCGGUGUUGGGUCGCCUCUGUCACCCCAGCCUGGUAGGUCUGCUGGCAGCCGGCACAGUUCCUCAGGUCCUGGUGAUGGAGCUGGCUCUGCGAGGCUCACUGGACUCCCUAUUUGAACAUGAGAACGGCAGCCUCAACCGAAAGCUCCAGCACAGAAUCGCCCUGCAGGUGGCCGACGGACUCAGAUACCUUCACUCAGCCAUGAUCAUCUAUCGGGAUCUUAAGCCCCACAACGUCCUUCUGUUCAACCUGAAGACCGACUCUGAGAUCAUCGCCAAGAUUACAGACUACGGCAUCGCUCAGUACUGCUGCAGCAUGGGAGUGAGGAGCUCAGAGGGCACUCCAGGUUUCCGAGCACCAGAGGUUGCCCGAGGUAAUGUGAUCUAUAACCAGCAGGCUGAUGUGUUCUCAUUCGGCCUGCUGCUCUACGACCUCCUGACCUGUGGUGAGCGCAUCUCUGACGGCAUGAAGUUCCCCAGUGAGUUUGAUGAGGUUGCAGUGCAGGGAAAACUGCCAGAUCCAGUAAAACACUAUGGUUGCUCACCUUGGCUGGGCUUCCAGGCACUGAUGAAGGACUGUUUGAGAGAAAGCCCUCAGGCUCGGCCUACUUCUGCUCAGGUGUUUGACAGGCUGAAUUCAGGGGAGAUGUUGUGCCUGAUGAGGGAGCUGGUGGUUCCCCGGGCGUUCAACGCUGAGUGCUUCACAGUGAGCUGUGGCAGCAGUGACGGCUCAUCGAACAGCCACAGAGCCUGGCUGGGUGGAGGCAGCAGCACCCACAGACUUGGCUCCAUCACAGCAGUGGACCUGGACACCAACACAGUCACUACACAGGAGAUUGAUACCAGUCCUGUUUUGUGUCUUGUGACCGUCCAAAUCCCGAACGAGGCAUGUGAUUGGCUCGUGGCAGGCACCCAGUCUGGCUGCUUAGUGGUCAUUAGCACUCAGGACACGUCAACUUGGCACCACCUGCAGAGUGUCACCGACGCUGUCACCUCACUGUACUUCCAUGUACACGCUCGUCGCACCCAAAGAAAGAAUUACUUGCUGGUUGGGACAGCCAAUGGAAUUCUCACUGUUUAUGAGGACUCUGUACUCAAGCAGGAGAACGGGCAGCCGGUUAAAACUCUCACUGUGGGAAACGUCAACACGCCUGUCAUGUGUCUGGGCCAGUCGGUGCAUUUGCUGGACAGCAGGUCUGUGUGGGCCAGCUGCGCGACCAAGAUCCUCUCCUUCACGGCCGACUACGACGUCUGCAAGACCAUUGACACAAGACCAAACCUCAUCUUCCAACAGCAGCGUUCGUUUGGUGGUGAAGCGUGUGUGUCUCGAAUGGUUGUGGAUAAAUACAUUUACCUGAGCAAAGCUGGGACACCAACCGUGGAGGUUUGGGAUAAGAGGAGCGAGAGGAUGGUGGACUACAUCGACUGUGCUCAGAUCAUCAGACAUGACUCUGGCUGCAGAGGCAGGCAGGGCAGCGAGGUGGAGCUGACCACUGAGGCAGCUCCCUCCUGGGCCAGAGUUAAGGCCCUGCUGGUGCAGAGUGCUGCAGCUCUCUGGAUCGGCACAAGAGGGGGCCACCUGCUACUGCUGGAGCUCUCCAAACACCAGACACUGCAGGUCAUUGGCCCCCGCUGCGUUUCCAUCCGCUGCAUCACCUCUGCACUCAUCGAAACACUAAACUGGAAGAAUGUGGUGCUGGUUUUGGGCAGAAGACUCCCACAAGACAAGAAUCAGUUUGACGAGGAGUCAGUGCUGAUGGUGUGGAACAGCACGCUGCCGAUGGAGGCCAAAGACCUGAACAAACACUGUGAAAAAAGAGAGCAGAUCGCAGCCAAAAUGAGAUUGCAGCUCCAUCAUGACUGAGGCCACACGUUUAAUGUUCGUCGAAAAGGGAUCAACUCUCCAGUGGAUCGAUGUACACCAUCGAUGUCAGCAGUACACAUUGAAGGGGAUGUUUUACCUCAUUUUCUGACAGCCAUACGUACCAGUGCAGUGACGCUGGAAGACUAAGAACUAAUGAGGGGAGCACAUUGCAGGGAAUCAAUCUAAAGAAUUUGAUUCAAGAAAUGUUUUUUUUUUUUUUCUUGUUUUGAAGACGCAUUUAUGAAGUAAUGUGCCAUGUUUUAUUAGAUGAAGACAAUCUUUGUAAUUUGUGAAGAGACAUUUUUCUAUAAGGGACACAGAUGGUCAAAUUUGUGUUCUCAGGGCUGAGAGCAGUGCAGAUGUUCAGGAAGACCUCCUGGUCCUAAUGAAUAGAGAUGUUUGUUUACCUGUAGUAUGAUUUAAAAGAAACUGGAAAGAAAGCCAAAGGAAAAAAGCAUCUAAAAGUGUAUAUUUGAUUAUUUAUUCUCACGUCUGUGUCUGUGUGUGUUUACCUGUGAGCUUGUUCACUCCACAUCAGUAAACAGGACACGGGACUUCUCAAAUGCUGCCUGCUUUGUACACAUUUUUUAUGUCAUGUUACCUAAAGUCACUGUUUGUGAUGGUGUCAACUGAACACGUCAGUAAAUACUAUUUUAUGUACUGA